AUGAGUUCCAAGGACGACAAGAACAGUCGUAUUGCAAUUGUCAGUGCUGACAGGUGUAAGCCCAAGAAGUGUCGUCAGGAAUGUAAGCGGUCGUGUCCCGUGGUCAAGACCGGUAAACUCUGUAUUGAGGUGACGCCAACUUCUAAAAUUGCUUUCAUCUCCGAAAUUCUGUGUAUUGGGUGUGGUAUCUGUGUCAAGAAGUGUCCCUUCGAUGCCAUUCAGAUCAUCAAUUUGCCUACUAACCUGGAGUCGCACACUACACACAGAUACUCUGCCAACAGUUUCAAGUUGCACAGAUUGCCAACUCCAAGACCUGGCCAAGUGCUGGGGUUGGUCGGUACUAAUGGUAUCGGUAAAUCCACCGCCUUGAAGAUUCUUGCUGGUAAGCAGAAACCUAACUUGGGGAGGUACGAGGACCCACCAGAAUGGCAAGAGAUUAUCAAGUAUUUCCGUGGGUCUGAGUUGCAAAAUUACUUCACGAAAAUGCUGGAAGAUGACAUCAAGGCCAUUAUCAAACCACAAUACGUUGAUAACUUACCAAGAGCGAUCAAGGGCCCUGUCCAGAAAGUCGGCGAGUUGUUGAAGUUGAGAAAGGAGAAAGAUGUGGAUGUGGUGAAGAGCUUGAUUAAGGCUCUGCAAUUGGAGAAUGUUCUGAACAGAGAUAUUGACAAGUUGUCCGGUGGUGAGUUGCAAAGAUUCGCCAUUGCAAUGUCUGCUGUUCAAGACGCCGAUGUGUACAUGUUUGACGAACCUUCCUCUUAUCUGGAUGUCAAGCAACGUCUAAAGGCCGCCCAGGUUAUCAGAUCCUUGUUGGAACCAACCAAGUACGUUAUCUGUGUGGAGCACGAUUUGUCUGUGCUUGACUACUUGUCCGAUUUCAUUUGCAUCAUCUACGGUGUCCCAUCAGUGUACGGUGUGGUGACGUUGCCAUCUUCCGUCAGAGAAGGUAUCAAUAUUUUCCUAGAUGGUCACAUUCCUGCUGAAAACUUGAGGUUCAGAACUGAAGCUUUGCAAUUCAGAAUCGCCGAUGCGACCGAAGAGAUGAAGGGUGAAGCCACUAACGCUUAUCAAUACCCAAGCAUGAAGCGUACUCAAGGUGAUUUCUCCUUGAAAGUGGACGAAGGUGAGUUCUCAGACUCUGAAAUCUUGGUGAUGAUGGGUGAGAACGGUACCGGUAAGACUACGCUGAUCAAGUUGUUGGCUGGUGCCAUCGCUGCCGAUGACGGUAUCGAAGUCCCCAAGCUAAACGUCUCCAUGAAACCGCAGACUAUUGCUCCAAAAUUCCCUGGUACUGUUAGACAGUUGUUCUUCAAGAAAAUUAGAGGUCAGUUCUUGAACCCUCAAUUCCAAACGGAUGUUGUGAAACCAUUGAGGAUCGAUGACAUCAUUGACCAAGAGGUGAAGCACUUGUCCGGUGGUGAAUUGCAAAGAGUCGCCAUCGUCUUGUCCCUGGGUAUUCCUGCCGACAUUUACUUGAUCGAUGAACCUUCCGCCUACUUGGAUUCUGAACAGCGUAUUAUCUGUUCCAAGGUCAUCAGAAGAUUCAUUCUACACAACAAGAAGACUGCAUUCAUUGUCGAGCACGAUUUCAUCAUGGCCACAUACUUGGCCGAUAAAGUUAUCGUCUUCGAUGGUACCCCAUCGAAAUCCGCCCACGCCAGCGCUCCUGAAUCUUUGUUGACUGGGUGUAACAGAUUCUUGAAGAACCUGAACGUCACUUUCAGAAGAGAUCCAAACUCUUUCAGACCAAGAAUCAACAAGCUAGACUCGCAAAUGGAUAAAGAACAGAAACUUUCAGGUAACUACUUCUUCCUAGAUAACAGCGGUGUGUGA